AUGACUGAAUCUACUACUGUUACUACUACUGUAGACCCUCAAGUUGCUUUCAACUUAAUUACAAAGAACUUACAAGAAGUACUAAACCCACAAAUCAUUAAGAAUGUCCUAGAGGUCGAAAAGAGACAUUUGAAAUUAUACUGGGGGACUGCUCCAACUGGUAGACCACAUUGUGGUUACUUCGUCGCAAUGACUAAAUUGGCAGACUUCUUAAAAGCUGGUUGCGAAGUCACUGUAUUACUAGCAGAUCUACACGCGUUCUUAGAUAACAUGAAGGCUCCUUUGGAAGUCGUCAAUUACAGAGCUAAAUAUUACGAAUGCUCUAUUAAAGCUAUCUUAAGAUCGAUUAAUGUACCAAUUGAAAAAUUGAAAUUCGUCGUAGGAUCUUCUUAUCAACAAGGUGGUGAGUACACUUUGGAUAUCUUCAAACUAUCUAAUAUCGUCUCUCAAAAUGAUGCAAAGAGAGCAGGUGCUGAUGUUGUGAAACAAGUUGCUAACCCAUUGUUGUCAGGCCUGAUUUACCCAUUGAUGCAAGCUCUUGAUGAACAUUAUUUGGAUGUUGAUGCCCAAUUCGGUGGUGUCGAUCAAAGAAAGAUCUUCGUUCUUGCUGAAGAAAACUUGGAAAAAAUCGGUUACAAGAAGAGAGCUCAUCUAAUGAAUCCAAUGGUACCAGGCUUAGGUCAAGGUGGUAAAAUGUCUGCUUCGGAUCCAAACUCCAAGAUCGAUCUAUUAGAAGAACCUAAAGUGGUCAAGAAAAAGAUCAACGGUGCAUUCUGUUCUCCAGGUAAUGUAGAAGAGAACGGUCUAUUGUCAUUCAUAGAAUUCGUCGUAGCUCCAAUUCAACAAUUGAAAUUCGGUGAUGAUCAUUUUGAAUUUUUCAUUGAUAGACCUGAAAAAUUCGGUGGUCCAAUCACUUAUGAAUCAUUUGAAGAAAUGAAACAAGCAUUUAAAGAUGAAAAAUUGUCUCCACCUGAUUUGAAAACCGGUGUUGCUGAUGCCAUUAAUCAACUAUUAGCUCCAAUUAGAGAAGAAUACGCUAAUAAUAAAGAAUACCAAGAGGCUAAUGAAAAGGGUUACCCAGUAGCUGUUCCUGAAAAGACCAAGAAAGCUAAGAAACCAAAAAACAAAGGUAGUAGAUACCCAGGUGCUCAAAAGACUGAUGCAAAUGUCAAUGAAGUUACCGAAGAUCUAAAGAAGACUUCAGUAUAG